CACUGACUGAGUGAGCAAGCAAUAUAGACUCCCUUUACUACUGUCUGAAAUCUGAACAAACAAAGAAAAACAACAGAAAAACGAGAGAACAAUGGCGACGACCUCUCACCACCUCCCAUGGGAGAUAAUCACAGAUAUUCUCUGCCGAUUACCGUUGAAAGAUGUGCUGCGGUACAGGUCCGUAUCGACGUCCUGGUGCUCCCUGAUCGACGGCCGUGAUUUCGUCAAGCUCCACUUUAAGCACUCUCCAGAAUCGACCUCCCAACUGGGCUUCAUAUUCGGAGGCACCAACGACCUGUGCUGGGCCGCCUUCAGCGAUCUCAGCUCAUUCAUACGACUCACUUACCCGAUAGGCGAUGACAAAGGCAUCACCGUCGCGGGUAGCAGUAACGGAUUGCUUGCUCUUAUGAAUUCCAAGGGAGAUGCGGCUAUUUGGAAUCCUUUCACGCGAAGUCGAAGGUACAUCAGUUUACCCAUUUCCGACCAUUUUGGUUCCUUCCCGUUCCAUUCAUUUGAAAUUCUCCUCACCGGAUUUGGGUACGACCCGAUCACGGAGGACUAUAAGUUUCUACUGAUGAUUGAAUUUAAUGGGAUAAUGGAUCUCUCGUUUACCCGUGAAGUCAAGGUUUAUAGUCUAAAGGCCAGGAAAUGGAAGGGAAUCGAUCAUUUUCCUAGCAAUUACACUUAUCUCCGUAACAAUGGCGUCCUUUUUGGAAAUGCUUUGCACUACUGGAUGGUGAAGGUGAAUCCGGAUAAUUGGGAUACCAUACUUGUGUUUGACCUAGUGACUGAAAAGUGCCAGGAGAUGGGGUUGCCAGAUUACAAUGGCCGGGAGACCUGUAGCUGCUUGAAGCUUGUGGAUCUUGGAGGAUCUUUUUGUGCUGUGAUGGUGCCAAAUUAUGACCCUGUGCUUGAGAUAUCGGAACGGGUUGAUGUGUGGGAGAUGAAGCAGUACGGAGUUAAGGAGUCCUGGACUAAGUUGUUCUCUGUGGCAACUUCAAUUGCAACUGGUCCCUUCAACUAUUUGGUCCCCAUUGCAUUUUUGCAGAAUGGUGAUCAGGUUUUGCUGGAGCAGGAUGGUAAGAAGCUCCUUCUGUUUGAUAUGAAGAUGAAGAGGGUCAUGAAAAGGGUGGGUUCCAGUUUUCCAUACAUUUGUGAUACCAUUGUUUGUGUAAAAAGUCUGGUUGGACUUGAUUCUGUACACACAACAAGUUGGAAUAGUAAACAGGGGAAGAACAUCAACGUCUUAGGGAAGAAGAAGCAAAGUGGUAAAAAGAGAGAUGAUUUCCUGUCCAAGGGUUUCAAACUUGUGCUGUAAAAGGCAGAUCUAUAGAAGUGAGGUUGCUGAUGCAAGGUUUUAACGAAGGGUUAACUGAUUUAUGUAGCAACUACAAAUCUCUGCUGAUAUGGAGUCUAAUGAGUAUUAUGAGGUUAUGCCAAACUAGGCUUGAUGAUCACAUUGGCAGUGGAUCUGUUGUUAAAGCUUUACUUUGAUACCUGGCUUGUUUGUGGAGUGUCAUUAGGGGAGAUAUGGUAAAAAUGUGCCACUGAUGGUUUGAUGUCUUGGAAAGUAUUGCCUUUUACUGCUAUAUUAUAUAAGCAUUUACAAGAGAAAAACAUUCUUGAGGAUUUUUCCCUCAUUAGUGUUUAAACAUAUAAUCUAACCUAGGUAAAAUCAGGUACCCCCUAACAAUAAGUCCUGGGCCCAUCCCCGCUAACACACCAUGACAUUUAAAUGUGAGUUAAGAAAUUCCGGGAAAUGUAUUUUGUGAAGGAUGUCACUAUCAGUCUAAGUUGAAUAUGAGC